AAUGAAUUUCACUCUUUAAGAGUCACACAGAACACCUGUUUCUUGCUUCCUCCAUCACCAUGGCAACCCAUGAGCGAGAUUUCUUAGGUUCCAACCGCAUUCAAUGCUUCUCAGACGACAACGACGAAUCCCAAGAAGAAGAAAUGGAAGCACUAGAUCAAUUAGAUGACGAAGAUGAAGAAGGAAACAACUCCCCAAAGGAUUGCAAGAGUAUGUAUUACAUGUGCGGCCGUGGACGACGGAGAGGGUGGUCGCUGGGGCAGGUUUUGGAUCCAAGGGCCAAAUGGGUUCAGGAAUGGAACAGGGUAUUCCUCCUGGUCUGCGCCACCGGCCUCUUCGUGGAUCCGCUCUUCUUCUACGCCCUCUCCAUAAGCGGCCCCUGUUUGUGCCUGUACAUCGAUGGUUGGUUCGCCAUCACCAUAACAGCCCUCCGCUGCAUGACAGACGCCUUGCACGUCUGGAACAUGUGGCUUCAGCUCAAGAUGGCCAAGCGACUGUAUUCCUACAACGCCGCCGUGGCAGCCACAAAAGAUGAAAACGAAGAAGGAGGUGAUGGUGGUGGCGGCGGGCCGCACACUGCUACCACUGUGCGCCGCGUGGCGGUACGCUACUUGAAGGCCUGGAAGGGAUUCUUCUUUGAUAUCUUCGUCAUCCUUCCCUUACCCCAGAUAGUGCUGUGGGUGAUAAUUCCAUCUAUGUUGAAGAAAGGAUCGGUAACACUGGUGAUGACAGUCUUCCUCAUCAUGUUUCUCUUCCAAUACCUCCCAAAGAUCUACCACUCCGUUUGCCUCCUCCGCCGCAUGCAGAACCUCUCCGGCUACAUUUUCGGUACUGUUUGGUGGGGUAUUUUCCUCAACCUCAUUGCAUACUUUGUAGCAUCCCAUGCAGCAGGAGCAUGUUGGUACCUGAUGGGGAUCCAAAGGUCUGCAAAAUGCCUGAAAGAACAAUGCAGACAGAUAGAAGCUUGUGACCUGAGGACAUUGGCUUGUAAAGAGCCUAUUUAUUAUGGAACAACACACGUGAUGAGGGAGAGACCAAGGCUGGCAUGGGCAGAGAACAAGCAAGUCAGGAUGACAUGCAUAGAGUCUGCUGAUAACUAUGAAUAUGGAGCAUACAAGUGGACUGUUCAGCUUGUUACUAAUGAAAGCCGCCUUGAGAAGAUCCUCUUCCCCAUCUUUUGGGGCCUAAUGACUCUCAGCACCUUUGGGAACUUGGAGAGCACAACAGAAUGGUUGGAAGUAGUUUUCAAUAUCAUUGUUCUUACUAGUGGGCUGCUUUUGGUCACUAUGUUGAUUGGAAAUAUCAAGGUGUUCCUGCAUGCAACAACGUCAAAGAAACAAGCAAUGCAAUUGAAGAUGAGGAAUAUAGAGUGGUGGAUGAGAAAAAGACAGUUGCCUCAAGGGUUCCGGCAGCGAGUGCGGAACUACGAGCGGCAGAAAUGGGCGGCGAUGCGCGGCGUCGACGAGUGUGAGAUGAUCAGGAACCUCCCGGAAGGGCUGCGGAGGGACAUCAAGUACCAUCUCUGUUUGGAUUUAGUGAGACAGGUACCACUAUUCCAACACAUGGACGAUUUGGUCCUAGAAAAUAUAUGUGACCGGGUUAAGUCCCUCAUUUUCACCAAGGGAGAAACUAUAACUAGAGAAGGUGACCCAGUACAAAGGAUGCUGUUUGUAGUAAGGGGACAUCUCCAGAGCAGCCAAGUUCUCCGAGAUGGUGUGAAGAGUUGCUGCAUGCUAGGCCCUGGAAAUUUCAGUGGAGAUGAGCUCCUCUCAUGGUGCCUGAGAAGACCCUUCAUCGAGAGGUUGCCGCCUUCUUCAUCCACCCUGGUCACUCUUGAAACCACAGAGGCAUUUGGCCUGGAAGCGGACGACGUUAAGUAUGUAACGCAACAUUUCCGGUACACAUUUGUCAAUGAAAAAGUGAAGAGGAGUGCAAGAUACUAUUCACCUGGAUGGAGGACUUGGGCAGCUGUGGCAAUCCAGCUGGCCUGGAGGAGGUAUAAGCAUCGCCUUACUCUUACUUCACUGUCAUUUAUCAGGCCCCGGAGACCUCUGUCCAGGAGCAAUUCACUUGGUGAGGACAGGCUCAGGCUUUAUACAGCUAUGUUAACUUCACCAAAGCCAAAUCAAGAUGAUUUUGACUUUUGAGAGAACUCAAAAGCUGUAUCGAAUUGAGGAUCGUAUAUAUGAAUCCGUUUUGUUCCAUUGCUUAUGUCAAGCCGAAAUGGUAAUAAAAUUAAAAUUUUAUG